AUGGAGAUGUUUCCCCAUCGCUGCUUGGUUUGGAUUUUUCUGAGAGGAAGCCUUUUAUUGUUGGUCCUCUGUCUCCAUGGUCAUUCCACCUUCAGCACCUCAGCAUCGCCUCAACUCCACAAAAACCAGGAUGGUUCUGUAAAGAUCUGGGACCUUCAGACCAGGAGCGUGACUCAGAACUCCAGUCUGUCCAUGUCCCUGUCAAAGCAGGGACUUUUGGAAAUGUUUGAAGGCACCUCAGAGCCUCCCGCAGACCCAUCCGGGACGACAAAGCUCCAGCCCAUCAUGAAGGUUCGUGGAAUAUCCAAACUGUCCAGGACGUUCAGCUGGGGAGACUUCCACUCCAACAUCAAAACCGUCAAACUGAACCUGCUGAUCAUGGGGAAGAUCGUGGAUCAUGGAAACGGAUCUCUUGGCGUCUACUUUCGCCACAACUCCACGGGCGUGGGCAACGUGUCCGUCAGCCUCGUCCCGCCCGUGAAAGGGGUGGAAUUCGACCUGGAGCGCCAGAGCGUGGUCCACCCCAAGGACUCAAAGACCUUCAACUGCAGGGUGGACUACGAGAAAACGGAGCGCAGCAAGAAGGUGAUGCUGUGCAACUACGACCCGUCAAAGACGUGUGACCAAGAGCAGACCCAGAGCCACAUCACCUGGAUGUGUUCCAAACCGUUCCAGGUCAUCUGCGUCUACAUGUCUUUCUACAGCACGGACUACAGGCUAGUUCAAAAAGUCUGUCCGGACUACAGCUCCCAGAGUGCAGUUCUGCCCUCAGGCUGA